UUGAUUUUUCACUCCUCGCUUGUGAUAGUGAUUUCAAGUGAUUUUGUUUGGUCAAAAGGUUGCUAGGACUUGUGUGAGAACAUCUAGGGUGAUCCCAUAUAAUCUCCCUCACACGAGCAACUUGAAGUCCUUUUUCUAAACAUUUUCCUCUCCACUUGUUUGUGGUCAAAUCCACAAAUAAAGGUUGAAAUUUUGAUCUCUUUGAGGAGAUCUUUUGGAUAAAGACUCACAAUGUUCGUGAGAAGCUGUGGCUAAAAUUUUGUUGGAUUUGGAUCACGUUUAGUUAGAUUUCUAGUUUGGAUCUUGUGUUAUGAGCUGUAGUUUUUCAGUACUGCAACCAGUUCGUAACUUUCGGUUCCUAUCCUGAACAUCCGUGAAUAGUCUUUUCAGCAACCAGAUCUUUUUCGGACCUUCGUGUAGGUCGGUGCACUGGUUGGAGUACUGUUCAUCUGGUCGGAAUUUUGCUGUUCAUCAGACUUGUUGGAAUUACUAUUUACCAGUACUGCCGGAGCACUGUUCAUUUGGUCGGAGUUACUGUUUACCAAUACUGGUCGGAAUUACUGUUUCUCAGUUUCUAGUCGGAAUUACUGUUUAUCUUGUCAGAGUAUUAUUCAUCAGACUGGUCGGAGUACUGUUCAUCGGUACUGGUCGGUGAACUUUUGCUGUUCGGUGUGAGCGCUCUUUCGUGUUGUUUUCGCUGUGUAUUGUGCUCGCUUUGUUGUAUUUCGUUCUUGUGUCAGGUUAGGUUAGAAUUGAACAUAGAUCUUGUUCUUUUUAGAAGAAUUUUUAAGAACUCCUAUUCACCUCCUCUUAUCGUUGUUCCCAUCCUUCAGUUUGAAUUGGACAAGUCUUCUUUAAAAAAUAGGUCACCGUGGUGGCAAGCAGCCUCACCUACCCCGGCGAUGUGGAGUCGUUGGAGAGAGGUGGAAGAGAGAUGGAGAUAGGGGAAAGCGACGUUGCUUGUAGAAGAAAGAAGAAGCGAGAUGAAAAGUGUCCUCCACUUUACGUGCGACGAAGAGAAAUGGAACGCAAGGCCACGGCUCCUCGUGCGCCAAACAUAUGUGAGAAAAAGGCAACAGCCUAGCAGUGAGGGGGUUCCCUCGUCUAACCGGGCUCGUGUCCUAGGACCAAGUCAGCCCAGUCACAGUGUGACGGGUGUCAUCAUCUUCUUCUUCAGAGAAUGAGAAUGACAGUAAUAAAUUUUCAGAGAAUAGCGUCGACUCGGCAAGCAGUAUAAAUUCAGGAACGGUGCUCUGAUGGCAGUUCGUGGCCACCGUCUAACCCUCCCCACAGAUAUUGCUCGAUCGGUGUUUUCAGGUCUGCGCCACGCCGCCGGCUUGCUGCGCUUCCGCGCUCUGCUCCAUAGCUCGUUCCGCCAUUAGACGACGGCUUCGACCGAGUGCCGCCAAGGGUCGCCGAUCUAAGUUCGGCGAAGCUAGCAAGCCUAGCCAUGAAGCUUACUGCAAUCAGACAGUUUCUCUUGGUGCUCAUGGCGUUCUGUGCACAUGCUGUCAUCUGUUCCUGCAACGGAAACUACACUGAUAGGCUGUCACUACUUGAUUUCAAGAAGGCAAUCAGUCUUGAUCCACGUCAAGCCUUGAUGUCGUGGAAUGAAAGCAGCCACUUCUGCAGCUGGGAAGGUGUUCUGUGUAGUCUCAAGCACCCAAAUCGUAUUGCUUCUCUUAAUCUCACAAGUCGAGGUUUGGUAGGGCAAAUCUCUGAUUCACUCGGAAACCUGACAUUCCUAAAAGUUCUAAACUUGCCAAGUAAUUCAUUCACUGGAGAGAUCCCUCAAUCCCUUGGUCACCUGCAUCGCCUCCAAAUCCUCAACUUGAGUAAUAACACGCUUCAAGGAAGGAUACCCAGUCUUGAAAACUGUUCAAAGCUCAAGGAGCUACGGCUAAGGAAUAAUCAACUAGUUGGACCGAUUCCUGCAUAUUUGCCUCGCCGGCUUCAAACGUUAGCACUUUCUUUUAAUAAUCUUAGCGGCACCAUCCCUACUUCUCUUGCCAAUAUCACAACGCUUAAUAUGUUUUCUUGUGCGUCAAAUAAUAUCGAGGGUCACAUCCCAAGUCAGUUUGCAACGUUGUCCGAGAUGCAAUACCUGUACGUGGGUUUAAAUAAGUUGUCAGGUCAUUUUCCACAGCCUGUCCUAAAUCUUUCUAAUCUAGUUGAAUUUGGCGUUACUGGCAAUGGUCUAAGUGGAGAAGUACCAUCCAAUUUCGGCAACUCUCUACCCAAUCUCCAAUUGCUCGUAUUAGCUGGCAACUUCUUUCAUGGGCAUAUCCCAUCUGGAUUAACAAAUGCUUCCAGGCUGUCCUCUAUCGAUAUAUCCAGGAAUAAAUUCACUGGGGUGGUGCCUAGCUCCAUCGGCAAACUUUCUAAGCUAUCUUGGUUAAAUCUCGGGUUCAAUAAACUCCGAUCAAGCAACAAGCAAGACUGGAACUUUAUGGACAGCUUAGCCAACUGCACUGAGCUGAAGUAUUUCGCGGUAGCUGGGAAUUGUCUAGAAGGCCAUGUUCCAAAUUCACUAGGUAACCUUUCCAAUCAACUCCAAUAUCUAUACCUGGCAGAGAAUCAGCUGUCAGGAGAUUUUCCUUCUGGUAUAGCAAACCUUCGCAACCUGUUCAUUGUGUCAUUGGGUGGGAAUCAAUUUACUGGUGUGGUUCCAGAAUGGCUUGGAACUCUAAAAAAUCCGCAAAUAGUAUCACUACACAACAAUUUCUUUACAGGGGUCAUUCCAUCAACCUUUUCAAAUAUGACUCAAUUGGGACGUCUCUUUCUAGACUCAAACAGAUUUGAUGGACACAUACCCCCAAUCCUAGGAAACCUCCAAAUGCUUGAAGUACUGAACAUUUCCAACAACAAUCUUCAUGGGAGCAUACCAAAGGAGCUCUUCAGAAUUCCAACAUUAGUACAGAUUGACUUAUCUUUCAACAACCUAGAUGGACCACUUCAUCCCGAUAUUAGCAAUGCCAAACAACUCACAAAUUUGUCUCUUCCAUAUAAUAAUUUAUCUGGAGAUAUUCCAAGCACUUUGGGUGACUGCGAAAGUUUACAAGUAAUCGAUCUGGGCCAUAACACUUUCAGUGGAAGCAUCCCCACGUCAUUAGGCAAAAUAACUAGCCUACAAGUUCUCAAUUUGUCUCACAAUAACUUGACCGGAUCAAUACCAGUUUCUCUUGGCAGCCUACAACAUCUUGAGCAACUAGAUGUGUCAUUCAACAACCUAAAUGGUGAGGUCCCAACAAAAGGAAUUUUUGGGAUUGCAACUGCUGUGCGGAUUGAUGGAAACCAGGGGCUUUGUGGUGGGGCUCUGGAGUUACACUUACUCUCUUGUUCUGUCACGCCUUUGAAUUCCAGAAGGCACAAGCAUUCCACCGUGCAAAAAGUGGUGAUCCCGUUAGCCAGUAUUGUGGCACUUGCUAUAGUCAUAUCUGUAAUGUUGCUCUGGAGGGGCAAACAUAAGAAAAAACCUAUAUUUCGGCCCUCAUUUGGUAGCAACUUUCGGAAAGUUUCUUACCAUGAUCUUGCUAGAGCAACAGAUGGCUUUGCCACAUCCAAUUUAAUUGGUAGAGGAAGAUAUUCUUCCGUAUAUCAAGGAAAAAUGUUUCGAGACAGAAUUGUGGUUGCUAUCAAAGUUUUCAGCCUGGAGACAGAGGGAGCACAUAAGAGCUUCAUCGCAGAAUGUAAUGCUCUGAGAAAUGUGCGGCAUCGUAAUCUAGUUCCUAUCCUAACUGCGUGCUCAAGUAUUGAUUAUAAGGGGAAUGAUUUCAAAGCCUUAGUCUAUGAGUUCAUGCCGCGAGGUGAUCUGCAUGCACUACUGUACUCAGCUGAUCAAGAUGAUGAGAACACUUCAACUCCGAGCCGCAUUACACUGGCUCAAAGGUUAAGCAUUGUGGUGGAUGUUGCAGAUGCAUUGGAAUACCUCCACCAUAACAACCAAGGAACUAUUGUUCAUUGCGAUCUGAAGCCAGGCAACAUUCUUCUGGAUGACAACAUGACGGCACAUGUUGGAGACUUUGGUCUUGCAAGGUUCAAAGUUGAUUCUACAGCAGCAUCUUCCAGUGAUUCGAUCUCAACUUCUUCAGUUGCUAUAAAGGGAACAAUUGGAUAUGUUGCCCCAGAAUGUGCAGCAGGUGGUGGAGUUUCAAGUGCUGGGGAUGUUUACAGCUUUGGGAUUUGUCUACUUGAAGUAUUUUUGCGGAAGAGGCCAACUGACGAUAUGUUCAAGGACGGGCUGAACAUUGUAACAUUCGUUGAGAUGAACUUCCCGGACAGGAUAUCACAGAUUGUAGAUCCUGAACUACUAGAAGCGGAGCAUGCAUUAUCGCAAGAAACAUCAGCUGCCAUGAAGGAGAAAAGCUUGGAGUGUUUACUUUCAGUGCUAAACAUUGGACUUCGCUGCGCUAAGGCGUCCCCGAAUGAGCGCAUGGACAUGCAGGAAGUGGCUGCGAAGCUGCAUGGAAUCAAGGAGGCAUAUCUGAGGGGAAAUAUAGACUCCUCCCGUCAGUAGCGCCAGCAAACUGAGGCUGGCAACUUGAAGCUGCAACACCAUGGCUGUUUUUUUUCCUUCUGUUUUCUUUAUGUUUGGAGUUUCUAAAAAGAUUAUGUCUAAAAAUACUACAUCUG